UCCUCCGGCUAGUCCCAGGUCCCGGCUCGGUCCGGCCGCUGCGCACCCCACCUCGUACUCUUCUGCCUCCUCAGUCCUUUUAACCUAGAGCGUCCCAAAGUGCCAUGGGUUAGGGUGGGGACCGCGAGCCGCGGGAAAGGACUAGCCCCGGUUCUCCGCCGGGGGGCGUGAAGCCGGAUCGCCGCUGGCCUCUCGGGGUGUCGGGCAUGGGGAACGCGGUGUGAGCCAGCAGCCCCGGGAACACGCAGGAGCAGCGGAGCCCCAGCGCGCGGAGGAGACGGCGGAGACGAGUCGGGGAUCGGAAGAGGCAGCGGAGGGAGGGCGAGGAGGCGGGCGGGGAAAGCCAGGGAAAAGUGCAGCCAGGAGGAGAAGGCGGCGGAAGGUGGGGAUUGAUGCUUCUGUUUUUUGUUGCCGUUGCUGCGCUCGCGCUGGGAGCCAAGCCGGAGGGAAGGCGGUGGAGAGAUGAUUGCAGAGUUGGUGAGCAGCGCUCUGGGGCUCGCCUUGUAUCUCAACACCCUGAGUGCGGAUUUCUGCUACGAUGACAGCCGUGCUAUCAAGACUAAUCAGGACCUGCUUCCAGAAACCCCAUGGACACACAUCUUCUACAAUGAUUUCUGGGGGACUCUUCUAACCCACAGUGGUAGCCAUAAGUCCUACCGGCCGCUUUGCACCCUUUCUUUUCGGCUGAAUCAUGCCAUCGGAGGACUGAAUCCCUGGAGCUAUCAUCUUGUCAAUGUCCUGCUGCAUGCAGCCGUCACGGGUCUCUUCACGCGCUUCUCCAAGGUCCUCCUUGGGGACGGAUACUGGACUUGCAUGGCAGGCUUGAUGUUCGCCUCUCAUCCCAUUCACACAGAAGCCGUGGCGGGCAUCGUAGGACGGGCGGACGUGGGUGCCAGUCUCUUCUUCCUCCUCUCCUUGCUCUGCUACAUUAAGCACUGUUCUACGAGAGGCUACUCGGCCAGAACUUGGGGCUGGUUCCUGGGCACCGGACUGUGUGCAGGAUGCAGCAUGUUGUGGAAGGAACAAGGAGUGACUGUCCUGGCCGUUUCCGCCGUUUAUGAUGUGUUUGUCUUCCACAGGCUGAAAAUGAAGCAGCUCUUACCUACUAUUUACAAAGGGAAGAACUUGUCUCUUUUUCUCAGCAUUAGCUUGUUAACUCUCUGGGGGACCAGCCUUUUGGGUGCCCGGUUAUACUGGAUGGGAAACAAGCCACCAAGCUUUUCCAACUCUGACAACCCCGCAGCUGACUCGGACAGCCUUUUGGCUCGCACACUCACUUUCUUCUAUUUACCUACUAAGAACCUCUGGCUAUUGCUCUGCCCGGACACCCUGAGCUUUGAUUGGUCCAUGGAUGCCGUGCCUCUUCUCAAAACAGUUUGUGAUUGGAGAAAUCUACACACUGUGGCCUUCUAUUCUGGACUUCUCCUCCUUGCCUACUGUGGUUUGAAGAACCCAAACUUAGAAGGAGAAUGCAAUGGGAAAGCUGUGACAAAUGGCAAGCAAAAUGCAAAUGGCCAUAGCUGCCACUCAGAUGUGGAGUACCGGAACUCAGAAAUUAAGCCCAGCUUUGCACCCAAAGUAGAGAAUGGAAUUAAAAAUAGUGUAUCACAGAGAACUCAGCUCCCUUCCACUGAGAACAUUGUUAUUCUGUCCUUAUCUUUGUUGAUAAUACCUUUUAUUCCUGCCACGAACCUGUUUUUCUAUGUUGGCUUUGUAAUUGCAGAGCGAGUCUUAUAUAUUCCCAGUAUGGGCUUCUGCCUUUUGAUCACAGUGGGUGCCAGAGCCCUUUAUGUCAAAGUACAGAAAAGGUUUCUCAAGAGCCUGGUUUUUUAUGCUACAGCAAUGUUAAUCGUCUUCUAUGGACUCAAGACUGCGAUCAGAAACGGAGACUGGCGCAACGAGGAGAUGCUGUACAGGUCAGGGAUAAAAGUCAAUCCAGCCAAAGCAUGGGGUAACCUUGGAAAUGUUCUGAAGAGUCAGAGUAAAAUUUCUGAAGCUGAAAGCGCCUAUAGAAAUGCUCUGUACUACCGUAGCAACAUGGCUGACAUGCUGUAUAAUUUAGGGUUGCUGCUUCAGGAGAACAGCAGGUUUACAGAAGCUCUGCAUUAUUAUAAACUGGCCAUUGGGAGCAGGCCUACCCUGGCUUCUGCAUAUUUAAACACCGGCAUUAUUUUGAUGAACCAAGGGAAGACAGAAGAAGCCCGGCGUACGUUCCUAAAGUGUUCCGAGAUUCCAGAUGAAAACCUGAAGGACCCUCAUGCACACAAGAGCUCUGUUACCAGCUGUCUGUACAACCUAGGGAAACUCUAUCAUGAACAAGGACACUAUGAGGAUGCCCUAAGUGUAUAUAAGGAAGCGAUUCAGAAAAUGCCAAGGCAGUUUGCACCUCAGAGCUUAUAUAACAUGAUGGGUGAAGCAUACAUGCGGCUAAGUAAACUUCCUGAAGCUGAGCACUGGUACAUGGAGUCACUGAGAUCCAAGACUGACCAUAUCCCUGCUCAUCUCACCUAUGGGAAACUGCUUGCCUUGACAGGUCGUAAGAAUGAGGCUGAAAAGUUCUUCUUGAAGGCCAUCGAGCUGGAUCCCUCCAAAGGAAACUGUUACAUGCACUAUGGUCAGUUUCUUCUGGAAGAAUCUCGCCUCACAGAAGCAGCCGAGAUGGCAAAAAAAGCAGCUGAGCUUGACAGCACGGAGUUUGAUGUCGUCUUCAAUGCUGCCCACAUGCUCAGACAAGCUAGCCUCAAUGAAGCAGCUGAGAAGUAUUAUGAUCUGGCAGCAAGACUGAGACCUAAUUACCCUGCUGCUCUCAUGAACCUGGGGGCCAUUCUGCAUCUCAAUGGGCGACUCCAGAAGGCUGAGGCCAACUACCUGAGGGCUCUGCAACUCAAGCCAGAUGAUAUCAUCACUCAGUCCAAUCUCCGAAAGCUGUGGAACAUCAUGGAAAAGCAAGGCUUGAAGACCUCCAAGACCUGACACAUGAGAACUAACCUCCCUCUCCUGUGUUUGUCAAAGUUGCCCUCAUUAACAGACAGAACUUCCCAGCAGUGCUUUCAUGAAAGCUCACAGGGGACUUCCAGCCCCAGGCCGAGGUCAUCAUGGUAACUGCCACUGCUGGGAGAAUCCACUUUGCUAUGGGCAUAGCUCUUAACACCAAAUAGGGAAACAUUGAAAACCUCCUAGAGGGUGUAAUUGUUACCCAUAGACUGUAAACCAGAGCACUUAACAGGACAUUUUGGCGUCCUUAGAUGGUAGGAGGAUCUUAGCAGCAAAAGUUGCUCACUUUUUGAGAGAGAAUUUUCAAAUUAUAUUGUUCCUUAAACACUGUGAGGGGAAGUCAGGGAGUCCAUCCAGCCACAGUGAACUCUAAAGGUUAAGUGUGACCAGGGGUUGAUUAAAUCAUAGUGUGAAUCCCUGUGAGCCACUGGUUGUCCUUAUGCUGCUGUCUUCCCCCUUUGGGACAGCCUGCUUAUUGAUUUCUGAAGGUUAUAAAACUUUGGUUUUAACAUUGUGUCAGGAUCUUUCAGAAUCUGCAGUUGUUUCUUGACUUCAUGCACAUAAACAUUUUAUGUUUUGACUGUCCUAGGCUUCCUAGUGUUGAACAUCAUUUGUCAUGUCCCAAAAUGAAUGUGGAAAGAAGAGCUAACCACUCAUACAGAUAGUAUGAGAAGGCCUAGGGAGGUCUGGGGUGUGUGUCCCAAAGGCACUUUCAUUUGGAAUUGUCAGUAUUGUCUCCAAAACUGUACAGUAGAGCUCAUUGUAUUAGUUCUUUUGAAAUUACCUGUUAUGAUGUCUGUUCCUGGUAAGUAUACAUGUUCACUAAGCCUGAAACAAAGGGACAUUAUGAGUGUUCCAGUUCCAGUAACUGAUAGUGAGCAUAUAAGGCAAAGUUUUUGGUGCUGCCUAGAUAAUGGUUGUUAUAAUAAGCCAGUGAAGGGUGAGUACUUAAGGAUUGUUGUCAAUGACUGUGUUUUGGAAAGAGCUGGUAUGAAAUGCCCAUCAAUUCCUAACCUACAAAACAACAGUGCAGAUAAAUCCUUGAGGAUUGUCUUAUGUUGCUCCUCCUGAAAGAUGUCAAAAAUAAAUUAUUUUAAGAUGCCAUAGAGUACGCAUAAGCCUGCAUGUAUCCUCAUGUUUCACCAAAUGCGCAUCUCAGUUUUUCCAAUAGAAAACUGAGUAUUUUAUUUCCUUACCUGCUAUUAGGUACUUCAAUUAUAAUUUUAUAAGUAAAAAUCCAUAAAUGAAACAGAAAAACAUUUCUUUAACAUUUUUUGGCUUGUACUAAAACUUUGUUACUGAAAGAUAAAUUCCUGGAAUGGCAGUCCAUUAGGAACGUCCUUGUAGAGAAACUAACUGUUCUAUACCCUACAUAUUUAUUUAUUUAUUAUCCAACCGUAGCAAAAUAACAACAAAAAUUUGUUAUCAGUUAUUUGCAACUAAGGAUUAGCCUUUUCUUCCCUUUCAUACUUCAUGUAUAUAUAUAUAUGUAUAUAUAUAUGAUUAGCGAUUCCAUUAAAGGGAAGCUGGACAUUCAAAAAAAUACUAUGUUUUUUCCCUAUAUUAUACAUUGUGUCAUGUAUCUGAAUACAGUGGAUAAAGAAUUUGAAGUAGUAUUCUUAUGACAUUAGCGUCUUUGUGAAAAGGACAAAAGUAGAGAGAGUUUUGAUGGGAUUAAUGCAAAGGCCCUCCUAUAAUGUGUAUAUUAUUUGUAAACAUUUCACUCAAGGGCCAGAAGUUAAAUUAUAACUAAAUCACCAUGUUGUCAGAAUAAUAUUUAACCUUAACAACUACAAACCCAUGGUCAAACCUAAACAGUGGGUUGAAAUAUACAGUUCACUUUCUAUGCAUUGGCAAUUAGGACACAAAAGAAAUUUAAUAUAACGCUGUAAAGAUAAAUUCAGUGUCUAACAUUUUUUAUUUAUUUAAAUAGUUGUUGUGGCAUACUAGUCUUUGCAUUUUAUGUCUUUAUUGUUAUUGUUCCUUUUUCCAACACUUUUUCCAACACCAUUAGGUUUACUAAAUGCAUAGUAACCACACUUCAUAUGACUCAGCUCCCAAGUGGUAUAAGUAAUUGGGCCUGUGUCAUAAAUUGCAUGGAUCUUUAAUACCUACAUGUCCCUGACACUUUUAUGACAGGGCUGGACUUAGGAACUGACCAACUCUGGGGGGAGGGCUGGGAUCUUAGAACACGAUCAAAAUGUCUCUGCUCAGGGAUUUAUGGUGGAUCAUUGCAGACAGUGCUAAAAAUGUAGAGCACAAGACAAGUUUACUAAAUUAAAAUUUUAUUUUUUUGAAAAAAACUGUUAUUUGUAUAAAUUAUCAAGAUUUGUAGGCUUUCCUUUUGUAGAAAUAAUUGUUUUAUGUGCCAGAGAAUUUCAAUUUUGUUUUGAACAAUAAAGCAUUGAUAACAAA